AUAAAUAGCUUCAUGCACCUUGUGAAGAAGUAAUAUAUUAGACUUAACCAAAGCUUAAUCUUUCUCGUCCAAUUGUAGUCUUAAAUCUCUCAAUCGAUCAAUAUAUUCUUUCUCACAUUUAUACAUACCUCACUCUUGAAUGGAAGCACCAAAGUCACCCCUACUCAUACAGCCUCCUACUUAUGGAAACCAAAUCACCAUUCUUAGCAUUGAUGGGGGCGGAAUAAGAGGGAUUAUCCCUGGAAUUAUACUUAAUUUCCUUGAGUCUGAGCUACAGAAGCUGGAUGGUGAGGAUGCUAGGCUUGCAGAUUAUUUUGAUGUGAUUUCAGGAACAAGCACCGGCGGUCUUGUGACCGCGAUGCUAGCCGCUCCAAAUGAGAAGAACCGCCCUCUAUUUGCCGCUAAAGACAUCAAGUCUUUCUAUCUCGAGCAAUGCCCAAAAAUAUUUCCCCAAAACAUGUGCCAUGCUGUAAAGACGAUGAAAGCUGUGGUAGGACCAAAAUAUGAUGGCAAGUACCUCCAUCGUCUUCUUAAGGAAAGGCUAGGAAAUAUACGAUUACAUCAGACAUUGACUAACAUUGUCAUCCCAACUUUUGAUAUCAAGCAACUCCAGCCAACCAUUUUCUCUAGCUAUCAGGUCAAGUUCGAUCCAUGCCUCGAUGCCCAGCUAUCAGACAUAUGCAUUGGAACUUCAGCUGCCCCAACUUAUCUUCCGGCCCAUUAUUUUAAAACUGAAGACUCAAAGACAGGAAAAGUGAGAGAGUUCAAUCUCAUUGAUGGCGGUGUAGCUGCAAACAAUCCGGCUUUAGUUUCAAUUACGGAAGUGGAGAAAGAGGUGCAUCGAGGAAGCAAAGAUUUCUGUCCAAUGAAGCCAACCGAAUAUAAUCGCUUUCUGGUAUUAUCGCUUGGGACGGGUUCCGCAAAGAUUGAAGCGAAAUACAAUGCAACUGAAGCAGCCAAGUGGGGUGUCUUAGGAUGGCUAACCAGCGGGGGCUCCACUCCUUUAGUCGAUGUUUUUACUCAAGCCAGUGCCGACAUGGUCGACUUCCACAUAUCCACUGUAUUUCAGGCACUUCAAUGCGAAGAAAAUUACCUUAGAAUUCAAGAUGAUACGUUAAGUGGGGAAGUGCAUUCUGUAGACGUGGCCACCAAGGAUAAUUUAGAGAAACUAACGAAAGUGGGGGAAGGAUUGCUGAAGAAACCAGUUUCGAGGGUGAACUUGGGCACAGGGCUGUCUGAGUCUCUUAAUCAAGGAAGCAAUGAGGACGCCUUGAUAAGAUUUGCAAAAGCACUCUCCAAGGAGAAGCGGCUUCGGGAUGCGAAAUCACCAAAUGGAAAUGCUGCAGCUUCCAAAUGAUUGAUCUUUCUGCACUACUAAUAUUAAUUAAUGUAUUCUGAUGUAUAACUGGCUAGCUUAAUUAAGCAAGCUAAUUGAUUGGCCAGCUCAAAGUGAAAUAAACCAUGUAUAUGGUGAUCAUUGUGUAACCCAGAAUUCCUUCAUUGUUUAACUUACAGGAUUUCAAUAAAUGAGACGCAGUAUUAAUUUAUUUAUAUACUGCUUAAUUUGUA